GUAAAUAUUUAUCAGUGGCUCACGGCUGGGUCUGACUGACCCUGGUGUCUUCCAGUAAACUCCUGAAUGACUCCACCUUCCACACCUCUCUGCUGGCCUGUGCUCUGGAGGUCGUCAUGGCUACGUACGGAGAGAGCAGCUUCAGGAGCGGAGGCUACAACAACGGAGGCAGCGAAGCCGCCGAGACCAACGUGUGUUUCCCCUGGAUCCUGGACGUCUUCGCUCUGGCCGCCUUUGACUUCUACAAAGUCAUCGAGAGCUUCAUCAAGGCCGAGCCCACGCUGAGCAAAGACAUCGUCAAACAUCUGGAGACCUGCGAGAACCUCAUCAUGGAGAGGAUCGCGUGGAGGACGGUCAGUGCUUUGGUUUUUGUUUUCUCCACCCACCUCCACCCUGUUCAUUACUCUGUGUGGUCGACCCUGCAGUAACUGCGUGUAACCACUAGAGGAAGCUUGAUUGUUGUAGCGUUGUCUGGAGGAAACGUAAAAGUUCCAUCUGUGGCCGGUUGGUUUAUGAUGAUGUCACAUUCAUAGGCGUCUCUCCUGAUUGGUUGGAUGUAACAGACUCACUGUGAGGUAUUUGAUUGGUUCUGAGCCGUGAUGGUGUCGAAAGGUU